AUGGACCACGCCAUCUACUGGGCUAAAAGGGUUAACAGAAGUACGUACAAUAAGAAAGAUGGUGACUGCUGGAAACUCCCACUACGUGUGGAGAAUGUUCAUAGAUAUGCUUUGCAAAGGUCUUUCAUGUUCCCUUUGAUGCAUGGCAUCUUUGUUGUAGAAGGUGACAAGAAAGUAGUUGCCUCUCCUGAAAUGUCUACAGGGCCUAGAGGAGAGACUGGUUCAGGCCAUGGGCCUAACUGGGAUUAUAAUUGGAGAUGGGCUUCUACUCCAAAUGGAGGAUGGGGCUACGGGUCUGGUUCGGGUCGGUCGUCGAAUGGGUUUGGUAGGGGUUUCGGGUAUGGGUCUGGUUCCGGAACAGGGUCAGGCUCAGGGUAUGGUUAUGGGUCUGGAAGUGUUGGUGCCCAUGGUGGUGGAUAUGGUGCUGGAAGUGGGUCUGGUAAUUCUGCUGGUGGUGGCAGUGGCAGUAGUAGAGGAAGUGGUGGCUCGAGUGGCCACUGGACACACUCAUCAUACUCUGGACAAAGAACCAACCAUGGCCAUCAGCAGAAGAUAGGCAUGGAGCGGGAAUCGGCAAGCAUCAGGAUCAAAAGAGAUGAAGCACUGCAGCAGCAAAUGGAGUGA